CGAAACCUCCUUCUCCUUUCGCGUUCCUCCCAUCUUCUCCACCGCCGCCGCCCCCGCCUGCGACGCCGGCGUCGACCUCAAGCGGGGCAUGCUGAUGGCGGCGUGAGCCGGCCGCCAAGUCUCCCAGAAGACGCUGUGGGUCUGGGUCGGCUUCUCGCGCUCGCGCCCGCGCCCGCAGCGCCGUCCUUCCUCGUCGUCCGCCGGAGUUUCGCCUGAGCGCCCUUCCCGCCGGUUCACCCUGCCGAGCUCGCUCCUUCACCAACCUGCUGCUGCCACUUUUAUUCUCCAUUUUAACUAGUAAAGUUGCGAUUUUUACUACUUUUCUUCUACUAACUACUACUAUUGCUUCUCUUCUUCUCCCCGGUUGUUAUACUUACCUCCUCUGUUACUACUACUACUACUAGUACUGCUUCAGGUCGUUACACUAGCCAAUAAAAGUAGGUUAGUUCCCAUCUGGUUUUAUGUGCCACAGUUUACUAGGUUAGUUCCCAUCUGGUUUUAUAGGCUCCCCCUCUCCCCUCUCCCCUCUCUCCCGCCUCCCCCCUUUUCCCCUCGACUCCCUCUUUUCGAGUAGUAAAUCUAGGGUUUCUCCCCUCCCCACCUUCGAAACAAGCUCCGGUGAUGGCGAUCACGGCCCAGUCGCCGGACAUCCUCGGGGAGCGCCAUUCCGGCCAGGACGUCCGCACCCAGAACGUGAUGGCGUGCCAAGCUGUCGCCAACAUCGUGAAGUCGUCGCUGGGACCCGUCGGUCUCGACAAGAUGCUAGUCGAUGACAUUGGUGAUGUGACAAUUACCAAUGACGGUGCAACAAUACUCAAGAUGCUUGAAGUUGAGCAUCCAGCUGCCAAGGUUCUUGUUGAGCUGGCUGAGCUUCAAGAUCGGGAGGUUGGAGAUGGCACAACAUCUGUGGUUAUUGUGGCUGCAGAGUUACUUCAGAGAGGGAAUGAGCUUGUGAGGAAUAAAAUCCACCCAACAUCUAUUAUUAGUGGCUAUCGGCUUGCGAUGCGGGAAGCCUGCAAAUAUGUUGAAGAGAAACUAGCUGUUAAGGUUGAAAAGCUUGGCAAAGAUUCCCUUGUAAACUGUGCGAAGACAAGCAUGUCAUCAAAGUUGAUUGCUGCUGACAGUGAUUUCUUUGCAAAUUUGGUUGUAGAUGCAGUUCAAGGUGUGAAGACUACAACUGCAAAGGGGGAAGUCAAAUAUCCCAUCAAGGGCAUUAAUAUAUUGAAAGCUCAUGGAAAAAGUGCUAAAGAUAGCUACUUGCUGAACGGAUAUGCAUUAAACACCGGCCGUGCAGCUCAGGGAAUGCCUACUAGAGUUUCUCCUGCAAGAAUUGCUUGUCUUGAUUUUAAUCUUCAGAAGACGAAAAUGCAAAUGGGCGUCCAAGUCUUAGUCACUGAUCCUAGGGAACUUGAAAAGAUCCGUCAACGAGAAGCUGAUAUAACAAAAGAGCGAAUUGAGAAACUUUUGAAAGCUGGAGCUAACGUUGUAUUAACAACCAAGGGAAUUGAUGACAUGGCGCUAAAGUACUUUGUAGGGGCGGGUGCAAUCGCAGUAAGGCGUGUCCGCAAGGAGGAUUUGCGUCAUGUUGCGAAGGCCUCUGGCGCAACUGUGGUGACAACUUUCGCUGACAUGGAAGGUGAAGAAACGUUUGACCCAUCAUUUCUCGGAUAUGCAGAUGAAGUUGUGGAGGAAAAAAUUGCUGAUGAUGAUGUGAUUUUGGUGAAGGGCACAAAAAACACUAGCGCGGUUUCUUUGAUACUAAGAGGUGCAAAUGACUACAUGCUUGAUGAGAUAGAUCGCUCCUUACACGAUGCAAUUUGUAUUGUUAAGCGAACUCUCGAAUCCAAUACGGUGGUAGCUGGCGGUGGAGCAGUGGAGGCUGCACUUUCUGUGUACUUGGAGUAUCUGGCUACAACUUUGGGUUCGAGAGAGCAGUUGGCGAUUGCGGAGUUUGCUGAGGCUCUUCUAAUAAUACCUAAGGUACUUGCUGUUAAUGCUGCAAAAGAUGCUACUGAGUUGGUUGCGAUGCUCCGGGCUUAUCAUCAUGCUUCCCAAACAAAGGCCGAUAAACAGCACCUUUCAAGCAUGGGUCUCGACCUCUUGAAGGGAACAAUCCGGAACAAUCUUGAAGCUGGAGUUAUUGAACCGGCAAUGAGUAAAGUGAAGAUCAUUCAGUUUGCUACCGAGGCAGCCAUAACAAUUCUGAGGAUUGACGAUAUGAUUAAGCUUGCCAAGGAAGACGAGAAUGGGGAGGAUUAGAGGUUCGUGCUGAACUUAAAUUAAAACAGUUACAGUUUUGUGGUUCUCGAUAGCACUUUUGUAAUUCCCUCGUGUGUAUGAACUGGUUCUCAUUGUUCUGUUGUGGUAGAAUCUUUCCGAGUCUUAUCUAAUUUUCCAAGAUUUUAUAGUUGAAUUGGUUCUAAUUAUUCUGUUGCGGUAGAAUCUUUCCGAGUCCGUCUAAUUUCCCAUGAUUUUAUAGUGCCUGAUUUGGAAUUUCUAUUAUUUA